AAAUGAAUGCAAAAUAUGCCCUGGCCCUGAUCCUCACUCUGCAGGUCUCCAUGAGCCUGUGUGAGAUUCCUCCACCAUCGCAGGAACUUGUUGAGAAGUAUGAUCAAAUGAAGCAUGUGUUCUACAAGAGGCUGCUGAAGGCUUAUGAGAGGAUGGUGGGCACUUUUUCGUCAAUGGACGGUGUCAGCAGCGGCCCGUCGACACAGGCUGUCAAAGACUACGCCGAGGAACUGCAGACCAAGCCUGAGUUCCAAGCCCUCGUCAAGGUUGCCACUGCUGCCGGUGCUGAGGCAGCUCCUCUGUUGGACAAGGCCCGCGAAGCUGCGCUGGGUGCGUACGGACACUAUGCACGCCCCUACGUCGGCAAGUACCUGAGCGACGCCGUUGACCACAUAAAGGUCUACCUGGACCAGGUCAUGCCCGCUGAGUAG